AGCAAGGAAUUUGAAAAAGGAAUCAGACACCUACAAACCGGUCGAAUCAACCACCACAUUUAGAGGAGAGAAUUCCUUAUUUGGCCCUUUCUUAAAUUUUGGUUCCCUUUUUGGCCCUAAAAAUUUAUGUUUUCCUUUUUUGACACCCUAACUUUAUUUUCUUCCUUUCAUGACACUUCCGUCGAUUUUUGCCGUUAACACCAUCAACUAUGACAGGAAAAGUCGUUUUACCCCUUCUUUAUAGCACGCUAAAAAAAUAAUAACAACCCCCCCCUUCUGCCCCCGAUUCCCCUUCUCCUCCCCGAGACCUAAACCUAGCACAGCGGCGGCACGAGCGAGGAGCGAGGCACCCAGCGGCGGUGGCGCGAGCAAGGCACCCAGCGGCGGCACAUGGAGGAGGGCGAGGUGGACGAGGGCCAUGGGCGAGGCGGCCAUGGUGGGGAGGCAGGGGGCGGCCAACUCUUGGAGGACGGGCAAGGCGGCCAUGGUGGGGAGGCGGGGGGCGGCCAACUCCUGGAGGAUGGGCGAGGCAGCCAUGGUGGGGAGGCAACCCAAAAAAGGCUAGAAAGGAUAUCAAAUGCUUCUGUUUUGAUAAGGUUAUUGAUUCCGACUUAACAAAUUAUAAGGACUUGGUUGAAUCAAUCGUAGAGCAGUACUCGCCUCGUUAUUUGGAAGUUGCACAUGUUCAGUAUUAUGAUGAUGUUCUUAAAAUCUACCCCGAAGUAACAUCUGACCAAGAAUUGGUGUCGAUGUUUGAGAAACACUCUAAGACAAAGGUUGUGCACAUGUUUGUUGCAUAUUGUGAUCCAUCAGAACCAUAUGAGCCUAUAACGGAGUGGCAUAGUGAUGCGCAUAGCCAACCUAACAACAUAAAACAAGAUGAUGAUGAUGAUGAUUAUCUUCGCAACCUAGUACCUGAGAAUGAGCAUGUUGGUGUUGAUGAGGAAAAUAUUUAUUUAGAGGAUGAACAUGUACCUCUUAUCAUGGUUCCUUGUUCCAACAAAGAAAAGGACAAAGACUAUGUUCCUGAUCAUGAGAGCGAGGCUGAGAGCGAGGUUGAGAGCGAGGAUGAGAGCAUGUCAGAGGUUGAAGUAGAGGAAGAUGAGGAAUAUCACGAGGCAGAUCAUGCACCACACAUUGAAUAUAAUAAAUUAGAUCCUCCAAUGAACGAAGGAAGAAAAUAUCCCAAUAUGGCGGAGUUUAAAUUGGCGCUUUCUCAGCAUGCAAUCAAACAUGAAUUUGAGUUUGACACUGAAAAGAGUGCACCACAUAGGUUCAGAGCUUAUUGUUCAAGAAGGGAUGAAGAUAAGUGUCCAUGGAGGAUAUAUGCUUCUACAAUGGAAGAUGAGUGCACAGUAAUGGUGAGAAAGAACCCUUGUGGUCAUGAUUGCUCUAGUACAAAAAGAAAAAAGAAGUUGAAGAAUGCAAACACGCGGUGGAUAUGUGAGCAUGUGAAGGACUGGCUAAUUGAGGAUGCAACUCUAGGACCAAAGGCAUUGCGAAAGAAGCUUAAAGAGCAUCAUGGAAUCGACAUCAACUCUAAGAGAGUCUAUAUGGGUAAGCUGCUAGCCUUGAAGGAACUAUAUGGUGAUUGGAAUACAAGCUUUGAUAAUCUUUAUAGUUUCAAGUCGCAAAUUGAAAGUUGCUGCCCCGGUAGCAUAGUGAUCAUUGAUCAUCACACAAUAAAAGAUAAAAUCAGAUUUAAAAGAAUUUUUGUUGCUUUGAAGCCUUGCAUCGAUGGGUUUCUUAAUGGCUGCAGGCCAUACUUGGCAGUAGAUAGCACCUUCUUGACAGGCAGGUUCAAGGGGCAGCUGGCUAGUGCUACCGCCGUUGAUGGCCAUAGUUGGAUGUAUCCAGUUUGUAUGGGUGUUUUUGAUUCUGAAACUAAUGAGAAUUGGACCUGGUUCAUGCAAAUGGUUAGACAAGCCAUAGGAUCCCCAAGGGGUUUAACCAUAUGCACCGAUGCUGGGCAACCAGUGAUGACAGGUGUAAAAGAAGUGUUCCCAAGAGGCUGA